CAGACGGUGCAUCACAGGAGAAAUACGAGUAGCAGCAUCCAGAGAGUGUGUCUUACCCUCCCUCCACUCCUGUAAUAUCACCUGUGGAUCUCAUGGAGGAAUCCUGGAUGUGGAGAUGGGCAUCUGUCGGUGUGAGCGAUAUGUGUCCGCAGAGGAGAUUUGCAAUACUUCUUGCCUCUUCAGGCUGCCUCAGCUGUCUGCCGAGCUCACGCAGGACGGCGACUUGCAGCUCAGCCUUAGAGAAAGAAACAGCAGGGUCUGGGCAAGGGUGAGAGAAAGCUGACAAAGUGAUGAUUAGCUACACCUUAAAAGAACAGCAAAUCAUCUCAUCCAAUCCAGUUAUUUACCAUGCAUAAAUUUGUUAUCCUACAUGUGCAUAUAACUGAGAAGGAAAUGUGAAAGCUGCUACUGGGAGAUAAAAAUAGACCCAAUUCAUUAUCAGGAUUGUAAGGAUAGAGCUGAGUAAUUUUUCAGACCGUAUUGUUUGCUUGGAAUAAGAGUUAUUUUGGAAAGCUAUGCACAAGAAGUAUUAGUCCCAACUUAUUACUUACCGUAUUAAAUAUCUUGCAGUUUCAGACAUUUUUUAUUUGAUUGUAUCUGGAGAAAUUAUGAAUUAUCAUUUCUUUUUGACAAAAAGAAAAGGAAAAACUGUUUGUGCACAAAAUAGUUUCUCAGUCUGAUCUGUACUAGAUGUCUCAACAUGUAUAACUGUCCACAUAUUUUUUACAAGGUAAAUCUAGCGCUAUUUAGGCUUAUGGAGAAGAUUUUGUAUUACUGUCAGAGGUCAUGAUUCAGUAUGGGCAUCCAAAUGCACAACUGAGAAAAAAAUAUUGUCACAAGAAGCAAUAAGGGGAAUUAACUUUGAUAGUCAGCCUUUUUAUAAAAACUGCAGGUGACAUAGUUACUUGAUUGUGCUGUAAAAUGGCCCCAUGUACCUGGAAAAUACAUAAUACCUCCUUUAAACAAGUAAAGUUGUUAGAAGAAACAUUUAAAUAAAAUCUUUUGACCGUCAGCAUGUCAUAGCUCUGAAAAUCUCCAGAUGGAGGUGCCCAGGAGGCUUAAUGAUGAGAUGUCCCAACCACAUCAGAUGACUCUUUUCGUUGGGAAAGAUGAACAUUUUCUCUACGAUCUUCCUCUGGAUGACUUUUCUCUUCACCUGAAGCUAAGCUUAGCCACCCAGAAAAAGUUAUUUUUAGCCACUUGCAUCUGAGAUAUUUUUCUAUCAGUCAUGAUCCAUAGCCAUAGGUGAGGUUUGGAACGAUAGCAGAGGUUUUCACUAUGACAGAUCAGAGGACCGCCUGCAUUACUGCAGACAAGCCCCAAGCAGUUUUUCCAUGUAGAACCAUUUUCAAAAUAAAAUCUGGCAACACUGUCAACCAAACUUAUUUUGCCAUUGGAUGUAGUCUCAACAUUAAAUAUGGUGAGAUUACUUUACAAAGUGUCACAGCAAACAUUCAGGUAACUAUUUGAUCAACGAAAUUGAUUAAAUAUUUUUCUUCUCAUAGCACUGGUAAAAAUAUAAUAUUGUAGUACAGUGAGAAGAAAGGUGAUAGUACUGCUUCUCAUGCACAUUCUUAUACACACUGAUAAGAUAGUUUUUAAUAGCAGGACAGUAAUGCAAAUACAGUUUUUUAGAAAUAUAGCUAAAGGUGCAGUCUUACAACGGAGUAAUCAGAAAGGAUACAGUUAAAUUAUCUUUUUUCCCCUAAAAACCAUAUUUAUAAAAUUAUUUCACUAGUACUAUGACAACGUGUUGCAGUGCCAUUCUUGUUCAGUUGGUUUUCCUUUCCUUUUUACUUCCAGAAAAUAGAAAAUGUUUUGGGUCCUGAUAUCCACGCACAGACAUCUGGAAGAGUACACUUAGUGCAGCUUACCACUGAAGGACUCUUUGGUUGGAUUCCCCUCCAAAGAGAUCUUGUCAAUCUUUUCCUUUCAGAACCAAUUGAUAUUGAUAUAAAUACAAGAUCUAGAAAGAGGAGAGACACUGAAGAUGAUGAGAAUAAGGUUGAUGGCCUUCCUCGGAUCCCGAAUCCUAUCGCCUGCCUUUCCUUGGGUGACAUGCUCGUUUUUCAUCUUACCAUCAACCACACUGAUCGCCCUCUAAGCCACUUCCCAGUGUACCAGAAGGACCACUUGUUUAACAGUAACCCAAGCUGGGACUUUGGAGCCUUCAGACAUCUGCAGAUCCUCAUGAAGCAAACAAAAUUCAACUCUUCAAUGUUUGCUCAUGUUUUUUCAGAAGCAGGAAAGUAUGUGUUUGUGGACAGUGUUGUCCCCGAGUGGAGUAUUGUUGUGGUGGUCAGUAGGGAGGGGACAGAAUGUGACACCAGAGCUGCCGCGUUUCAACCCAUGACUCCAGGACACUUGGUCAAAUAUGGGAUUGUAAAAAAUCACCGCCUCAACCUUCUGCCUGACUGGGGACUCAUUGUUGGCAAGCUGUUUUAAUUUAUUUUUAAUGAUUGAUUUCGUUGAGUAAGUGGUACAGGAUUAUUAAGCAGUGGCUGUGUGCAGGGAUCCUGAGUCUGCUGUUGGUCCUAGUUGUAGUCCUGACCACAACUGUGCUGGUUCUGCGACCCAGCAAAGCGAAACUCGUUCCCCACUGGAAGAUAAAACCAAAGUGGCGCAGCCUUGGAGAGCCUUUUUGCCCAGCUGAGUGUGUUUGCAGUAGAGAAAGCAUAACUGUCCAGAGUCAAGGCGACGUUCUUGCCAGUCGAGGCGUAGGUGAGGGAGCAGAAGCUGAGGAAUCUGCAGUCAUAAAGGGAGGAAGUGUGUCAGGUUGCCUGGAUCUGGAGGAGUUUAAUGUGAAGACUCUUUAUGACAAACUAGAGGACCAGAACCUCCACAUCGCCGCCCAGCUGGCCAGACAUCGCAAAGACAUGCAGGAAUUUUAUAGGAAUAUAUGCCAGCAGGCUGAAUCACUCAAGGAUGUGUUUGAAAAUAUGGAUAGUAAAAACCUGAGUCUCCUUAAAGAGAUUCUAGUCCAUAAUGUGAGGAAGGAUGUGUUAUCACACACUCACAUCGGAGAGGGAGACAACCAAGACAUUUCCACCAGCCAAGCUGAGUCCUCUGUGUCUUUACUGGGAGCUGUUCUUAGAUCAGUCGAAGCUCUUUUAUGCAAGCUGACAGCAGAAGCUUGGCAGAACCAGGAUCUGUGUGGUCUUCCAUAUUGUCACGGUUCAAGAGACUCUGAGGCUCAGGUUGGAUAUAUGCAACCUGGUAACACCAAUAUGUCUUUUACACAGUGCUCAUCAAUGUCUAUGAAUAAAGGAGAAGCUAUUUCUCAUGAGACAGACUGCACACAGACAGCUGCUCCUUGUUUCAGUGAAGACAAUCUAUCCAAAUUGGUCACCGUAUCUCCUUUGUUCAAAACUCUGCAGGACAUUCAGCAGUCUUUACAACAGCUUACCACAGAUGAGUCACAUCAGCAUUCCCAUAAAGCAGAAACGGGGACUUCAGUCCAAGAGAACCACAACGAACGUCUAAUUCCAACUGCACUGGACAGCCUGUCUCCACAGCAUUCGGCUGUUUACCUUUUUGGUUGUCACGUGGUGCAGUGGCUUGCAGAUUCCCCCAUGUUCCCCUCUGUGCUUCUUUUGCUGGCAAAGUCGGUUCCCUUUUGCUCAUCUUCGUCUAAUGAGAAUCCCCUGGGUCAUUUCACUGGGGACUUCUAUUUUGAUCCAACCAAUCAAAUCCUUUAUCUGUCAGAGGCAAAGCUUCAGCAUGUGGGACACUUUAUUGCUGUCAUUCUGCUGUCCAUGGCCCGCAUAGCAGUAGGAUCCAAACCCCAGACGUUUCUGCAAGCUCUGCAUGAAGCCAUUUCAGCUGUAAGCCUUCAGCUGUUCAACCUUUCUUUUAAAUGGAGCCCAGCAGAACCUAAUUUUGAUGCAUUAGGUGGGCGGCAUGGGGCAUUAGUGGAGCAAUUUCUCAAUAUCAGAGUUCCCUCUGAAGCGCGCUUCACUGAGCCCCUAUUAGCUAGAAGACUUGAGAAAUAUAAGUAUUUUAAACUGGAAGAUCUUAUCUGCAACCUCAAACAAAGAUCAACUCCAAAUACAGGUUUACCACCAAAUGGGACACCAGUGCAGAUGUCAUGUGUAGAGGAAGAAAUUGACCGCAUGAGUGAAUCUUUCCUGCAGCUAAGCAUGCAGAUGCAGAGGAGAUCUCAAAUAAGCACAAUGUUAAAGGAGAGAGAGAACGGUGCUGCAGAAAAAGCGAGGGAAACAUCCACAAGCACGCCAAGCCUGAGUCGUAACGGAACAGUCCUGUUGGAGCUGAAGAGAUGUUAUGUAUCACAGCGACUCAACGAGCUGCAAACCACAUUAAACCAAAUGAGACGUUGCCAGCUGCGUGAUGGCGAGCUGAGAGACGGAACAAAAGGCCGCGAGGAAAGUGAUGAUGGCUCCGAUCAGCACAGAGAAAAGGAGCAUGAUCCUGCCACGGAUCGCCGCAGUCCUCCAGACCACCAGCGGAGCGCCGCUCUUUCAGCUGGUCAGAAACUCAGCCCACGCAGCCCAGAGAGCCGAGGUCUUUUGAAUGAUAAAGCGGAGAGUUAUAUUUCCGACCAGCAGAGAAGUGGCUCUGUUCAGACCAACAAUCCGGACAUCUUAAUGGAUCAAACUUUCCGGCGCACCAAAGAUCAACUCCAUUAAAAAAAAAUCCCCCAGGAAAUCUGAAGCCUAAUAGACAAACCUAAAGAAAAAUAGAAAAGGACACAAAACUAUUACAAACAUAUAUUUGAUGCUUUGAUUUUCAUUCAGAUGGCAAUGGCAUAUUCUUCUUUCAGAGACUUCUUUUUCUGUAAUAUUUGGCCUCUAAUAGCUUUGAGCUAAUAUUGUACAAGAUAAUACAUUUGUUUGCUAAAGUGUGAUUCCAUUGACCUCAGUCUUACCAUGCUGCAGCUUGAAAUCAGUUCAGCUGUGCCCUGUUAACCACCAGUGAUAACAGACAGGAAUAUAUUCUGGCAACGAGCCGCAGUAUGACACAACCUGUAAUAUUAUCCAGAUAGCGUCUCUGUCUGGAGUUAAUAAAGGGGUAGGACUAUUGCCUUUAGAACAACCUAUGUUAAUUAUAAUAAUCUAAUUAUUAUAAACUAAAACUGAAUUACUUUUUUUUUGUCUCCUGAUAACCUGUCUUUGUUUAUAUAUUCACUAACUAAAAUCCAAGUUAGGAUAAUACUUGCUUAUGCCAUUCAGUGGUGGAUUUGCUUGUUUGCUUUGGAUCAUUGUAUUGCUGCAAAACCAAUAUAAUGCAAUCUCAGCUUGAGAUUGACCUCAAGGUCACAAACUGAUGGCUGGAGAUUUCUGUUAUAGAACAAAAAAUUAUAGUUUCCAAGAAUUAUCCUCCAACUCCUUUAAAAGCAAAGCUGCUUCACAUUAUUACAUGCCCACCUCUAUGUUUGACCGGUUUUAUAUAUAUUUCUAUAUAAGCUGACAUUGUUUUAGUUUAAUGUCAGAUUUAAUUGAUAUGCAAAUGUUAAAAAAAAAAGUUAUCCCUUUGUCACAUGGAUACACAGAAUAUUUUUUUUCAAAAGUCUUGAGGAUUUGUGGAGUUUUUUGUACAGAAGUAAUUUGCCCCCCUGGAACUCUUCUCUAGGUAUUUACAGUGCUUUAGUUGUUUUUCUGGGCAAUUUUUUGACCAACUUGAUGAGUUGCUGACACUCUCUUGGAGUAAUUUUGGCCAGUCUACCACUUUUGGGUUCCAUUUUGGUUUUCCUUUGUUGAUUAUAGUUCUCCCUGUGAUUUGCUGGAUUCCCGCAGCCUUAGAAAUGUCUUUGUAACCCUCUCCACAACAUGAGUGCCAGUCAGAGGAGAAACCUAAGCUUCAUAACUGCUGCUUUCUUCUGGGCCAGCGCUUUAUCUGACACACAGGGUUCUGGGUCUUAUAAUAGAAAGUCAGUAUUCCUACCGGGGGGCUGUGAGCCAAAUCAGAAGGUCAGAUGGAACAAGUCUUCACUUAAUAUCAGUGUUAGCUUUCCACUCCAUGCCAAGUCCCCCUUACAGAAUCCAGCAAUGCCCCGCAGCUAUGUGUGGGUGCUUGUAUGUGAGGUGUUGUUUAGUGACUGACCUGAGAUUAUGUGCUUAUCAGUUAGAUUAGCUUCUUUUGCCACUGAUCGGACCUUCACGUCUGCUUCACAGUGGCACAGACAUACAACAAACUGCUGGAGGAGCCUGUGUGUGUAAAUCUGUGGGAUGUUUUGCAGUUGUACCACAUUACACUUGCUCUAGUUGUUUAGAUCACAACACAUGGGUUAUUUCGGGAAGAUUAACUUCAUGUGACAUCUGUGUGGGUAUGUUUCCAUACGUGUUAUGUUUUCAAUCGUAUGUUUAUAGGCUGCAACUGUGCUCCCUUUUAAUUUUUCCCUCAAUCAAGUCAAGGUAACUAAUCAAGUGCAUGCGGACCUAAUCUGUUUGUUCAUUUGUUUGAAAACAUUUUCUGAGUAAAUUACUGCUACUACUUCAUUCAUAAAGCACUUUAAGACAUCAGCAGCUGCGACAAAGAGUUGUACAGAUGAAAUCAAUGAACAUUCGAAAUAUGGAAAGGCCUAAAGAAAAAAAGACAAUAAAAUCAAACAUGCGUUUGCUCAAGAUUUAGAUUAAAUGUAUGAUUAAUUGAGACAAGAAAACAAAAUGUAUUUUUAUUCUUUCACAAAAUGCACAUUAUAUUUCAACCACAAACACAUUUCUUUUGAGAUUCUAAGUGAAUAACUGUGAAGAAGAAUGAAAAUGAUAAAUGUUGUUUACAUUUUGUUAAGUACCUUUUUAUUCAGCCUCUUCUAUUCUGGUGUCAAGAAAGAAAAUCCAGAGAAAUCAUGUCCUUAAAAAUCACCUAAUUACUAAACAAAGUUCACAAUAUUAGUGCCAGAAAGCCUAACUCUGAACACACAAUGUCCACGAUGAUACAUGGCAGUGCCAGCAUCAUGCUGUGGAGAUGCUUGCCUUCCACAGGGACAGGAAAACUAGUCUGAGCUGAUGGAAACAUGGAUGAAGCUAAAUACAUGGCAACCCUGCAAGAAAACAGUAGAUGCAACAAGAGACUAUUAAAAUGAGUGACUGUAACAUGACAAAAUAUUGUACAGUGCAGUGGGUAUGAUUAUGUUUGCGAGACUCGCUCUUGAGACACAACGCGCAACAAAACAGUUAAUCGUGCCAAAAGAUGAGUGAUGUCUGGCUCUAAAAGCUGCAGCGUUAAGAGGUUUUUCCAGUAAGACACACAUGAGGUUUACAUCUCAGUUUACAUCAUGUUUGAUCCAUGACUGCCUGCUGUAAUCAUGUUAUAAUCUUGAAAUCCUUCCAAAUCCCUGGAAAUCUGCUCUAUGUCUUUUAGGUCCUGCAAGCACUCUCGCACAACCCAUCCUAGUACAUAUGAAGCAGCAUAUACACUUCUGACCACUUAAAUUCCUCCAUUCUGAGC